GACGGUUACAGAGAGAGAGAGACAGAGACAGCAUUUGAUUUGAUUCUUCUCUGCAAAGGCCAUGACCAUAAGAACCCAAAAGUUUAGUCAUAAUUUUAAUUUGACUGUCAUUAGGUUAUUUUAUGCAGAAACUUAAUGCCCCCCAACCCCCAACUUCACAAUCUUGGAAGUCUACAUAAGCCCAGCUAAGAUUGAGCUACACAUUAUACAUACUCAAACAACGCCUCCCCCUCUCUCUCUCUCUCUCUCUCUCUCUCUCUCCGUGCAAAACCAAGAAGAGGGCAUGGCAGAUAUGCUCACUGAAGAACAGAUAGUCGAGUUCAAAGAAGCUUUCACUCUAUUUGACAAAGAUGGCGAUGGUUGCAUUACUCUCGAAGAACUAGCGACGGUCAUACGGUCGCUGGAUCAGAACCCGACAGAGAAAGAGCUUCAGGACAUGAUCAACGAAGUCGAUGCCGACGGCAAUGGAACCAUCGAAUUCGCCGAGUUCUUGAACUUGAUGGCCAACAAAAUGAAGGAAACAGAUGCAGAGGAGGAACUGAAAGAGGCUUUCAAGGUGUUCGACAAGGACCAGAAUGGAUAUAUAUCGGCGAACGAGCUUCGGCAUGUAAUGAUAAAUCUUGGGGAGAAGCUGACGGAGGAAGAGGUGCAGCAGAUGAUAAGAGAGGCCGACUUGGACGGUGAUGGUCAAGUCAACUACGAUGAAUUUGUCAAGAUGAUGAUGACCAUUGGAUGAACAGGAAAAGCUGCUUCUUCUGGUCAACGUGGUUGAACGAGAGAAGAUGGGGAAAAGCUCAGAUCUCAUUCAUAUUCAUUCGUUUGAUUAUUCCUUUGUCCUAUCGCAAUGCCUCCAAGAAAAAAGAACUUGUCCUUACCGUUUCUUGUACUUUGAUUUAGCUAAUUCAUCAUUUGGAUUUGCAGCUUCUUCCUUUUU